UUGGCCAAACCCUUAAAAGCUCCAUUUCCGGGUUUCAGACGGGAAAUAAUUCACUUUCCGUCCUCCUUCCUCAUAAAACUUUUAAGCUCUUAUCUCACAGGUGUACUGGGAUAGAGAGUUUUGAUAGGUUUCUUAAUUCACAUUUCGAAGUUGGGUUAAUCCCCAACUGCCAAGCCAAAAAGAUAUGUCUCAAUCCCCGGAAAACGUUCAGGACCCGCUUAAACCGUGGAAAUACAUACUCUUCCCUCCCUUAAAAGCCACCGAUGCUUUGACUGUAUUCAUGAAGGGCUUUUUUGUAGUAUGCCUCGUUGCGUCCAUCUCUCUCGUCGCCUUGUCAUAUUUCUCCACCACAACUAAUUACAGAAGGUGUUCAGGUUGUGAGGAUCAAGCCCCCCUCGUACACUCCGCUAGUGAUUAUCACACUAAUGGAGAAACUCAGAUUUCUCAUAUUCUUUUUGGUAUUGGGGGCUCCGCUAAGACAUGGAACAAUCGCCGUCGGUACAAUGAACUGUGGUGGAGGCCCAAUAUCACUCGGGGGUUCGUUUGGCUUGAUGAAGAGCUUGCCGAAGAUAUGAAAUGGCCUGAGACUUCACCGCCGUAUAAAGUCUCAGAGGACACAUCUGGGUUCAAGUACACCAGCGGGUACGGGUCUCGGUCGGCGGUGCGCAUCGCGCGGAUAGUGAAGCAGAGUUUCGAGCUUGGGGUAGACAACGUAAGGUGGUUCGUAAUGGGUGACGACGAUACGGUGUUUUUCACUGAGAAUCUGGUGACUGUGCUGGGCAAGUAUGAUCACAACCAGAUGUACUACGUUGGUGGGAUUUCGGAGAGCGUGGAGCAGGACGUGAUACACUCCUACACUAUGGGCUACGGCGGCGGGGGGUUCGCCAUCAGCUACCCUCUCGCCGCUGAGCUUGUGAGGGUGUUGGACGGCUGCAUUAAUCGCUACGCCUCUUUCUACGGCUCUGAUCAGAAGAUUGGGGGUUGCAUGAGCGAGAUUGGCGUGCCAAUCACCAGGGAGCUCGGUUUCCAUCAGUUGGACAUACGUGGAAACCCGUAUGGAUUGCUUGCCGCGCACCCAUUGGCGCCACUGGUGUCACUGCACCAUCUGGACUACGUGCAGCCCCUGUUUCCGGGCACCAAUCGCAUUGACUCCGUCAAGAUUCUGGUUGAGGCUUACAGGUCCGACCCAAGUCGGGCGCUGCAACACAGCUUCUGCUACGACCUUAAGCGGAAUUGGUCAAUUUCCGUAUCCUGGGGCUACACCAUUCAGUUGUACCCAUCCUUGGUGACGGCGAAAGAUCUGGCCACGCCCCUGCAGACAUUCUUAACUUGGAGGUCCUGGAGUCAAGACCCAUUUACGUUCAAUACCAGGGUCCUCAGCCUGGAUCCGUGCAAGAGACCCGUCACGUACUUCUUCGACGGCGUUACGAAGGUUGGUGAUGGUGGGACCAUGACUUCGUACCUGAGGCCUCCGCAGCCUAGGAAACAAUGUGGGAACGGCAAGUAUCGUCCUGCCUUGUCCGUUCAGAUGUUCAAUGUCUCUGCGCCCAUUUUAGAUCCCAACAUAUGGAAGAAGGCACCACGUAGACAAUGUUGCGAGGUGAUCAACGGAGGAGACAGGGCCGGCGUUGUGCGGAUGGAAAUAAGGGGCUGCAGUCGGUGGGAAUCGGUAACACCCCCCUGAGGACGAUGGUUAGCAAGUUCAACUUCCGGAUGACUUUCAUAGGAGAACAUUUUGUUCCCAAAGGAUACCCGUGUGGAAAGGAGUUCAUAUGCCGCCAAAUAAGUCCGACAAUUCUGGAAACAUAACGUCAUACGUGUACAUUC